AUGAACUGCUUUUCGACGCUCAACAUCCAGUGGUUUUCUCCAGUGCUGACUCAAGCACGACGGCGUCAGCGCAGCGAACACAGCGCCAUACGUGACCGGCCACACCAACAAGAACCCCAACGCGAUGGAACUGUUCGUGGGGCCGAACCGGGGCGAUCUGAGCGCAGCUCGACGGCGGGUGCGGAGUUGCAAGAUGAGAGGGCUCAGCUCACGCAUGGGCGACGAGAGAGCGAAGAAGGGAAACAAAAAGAGGAAGGAGAGGAGGAGUGGGGCGUUGCUACACUAAAUGAUCGUGGUGGUGAAUCUGACUCGCGUGACCAGCGCGAAACCCCACCCCACCAACGAACCAGAGAGGAUGAAUUUGUACCUGAAGCUAGUGCUGUAAUGGCCUCGCCGGAAGCUGUUAUGGUAGUCCAGCCGGAGCAGGCGGAAGGAAAAGAAAACAAGGGCGAAGAUGAAGAUGAGGUGGAGAACGAAGAAGAGGUCGCUUCUUCGUCAUCGAACGAGUCCACGGAGGAAGAUGCUCGCCCAUCAAAGAGACGGCGCACUGCUGGUGAGAAACCUGCCGCCCGUAUCCAUCCUGGAGGCAGGAAAUGUGGCGGCAAGGCGUCGGUGCUCGCAGCCAGGGUGCACCAAGUUUGGACGAUUGCGGGGAAAGUGGUGGAGGACGACGAUACAUACGUUAAGGCGAAGGACGCCUCGAUCUCCGACACAGCGGAAGAAGAGCAGCAGCUGGCACCAGACAAUAGCGCCUGUAACAAGACCCAGGACUCGACGGUGGCCUUGGACGAGUCCUCGCCGAAGUCGAGAGCGAAUGACGCAUUUGAGGAUGAGUCGGAGGCAUCCAGACCGAGGGCAGUGAAGAAACGGAAGACGAAGACGAGGGUAGCUACGUGGGACGACGGUGCUGACGCUGAAGGCUCGAAUGAGGGUGAUCCUGCCCCCACAUCUGAUUGA